UAAUGCGAGUGCAAAAAUGUCUGGUAUGCUGGCUUGCAUAACUUUAUGCAUUCAUUAUAGUCUAUGUUGCAUGUAGGUAUAAUUUUAACGAUCCAUAACUACUUUGAAUUAAUUAAUGGUUCUCCGUUCUAGGUAAUGUUAUGGCAGGCUCAUUAGACCAGAUGGUUUAGAAGGAGAAAGCCGUGCAGACAAGACGGUAGACAGCUGACCGCUGACGGCAGCUUGAGUGGUGGCAGCCUCAGGUACCUCUACUCGGCACUAUGGCAGUGUGCGCGCGGUGGUGAAAGGUGUUAUGUCGAUUUGUAGAGUGAAUAGUGUGCGGACCACCAUGGCCGCGUACAUGCGAAUAAUUUUUUUUUGUGCCAUAUAUGUGAACGUAAAUUGCCAGAAAGAAAAGGAAGCCGAGGAAUACGUUUGUCCCGAAGGCAUUAAGGGUAACGGUAAUUUCGCUGAUCCAGCCACUUGCCGCCGCUUCUACCAAUGCGUGGACGGCUACCCCUACAUGAGCAGAUGCCCCUCUGGCUUGUACUUUGAUGACAUCAGCAAGUACUGUACUUUCAAAGCCGAAGCCAGAUGUGGGCCGAUUGCAACGACUCCAGCCCCGAUCACAGAAACGCCGUUAGACCUAGCGACAAAGUGCGACACGGCGGAAUGCGAGCUGCCAUACUGUUUUUGUUCGAAGGACGGCACUCUCAUUCCAGGCGGGCUAGACCCCGAGGAUACUCCGCAAAUGAUAAUGCUCACGUUUGAUGGCGCCGUUAAUUUGAAUAACUUUGAUUUGUACAAGAAAGUUUUUAAUGGGAAAUUGCGUAAUCCAAACGACUGCCCGGUUCGGGGCACUUUCUUCUUAUCUCACGAAUACAGUAACUACGCCAUGGUACAAUCGCUCGCACACGAUGGUCACGAAAUAGCAACGGGGACGAUAUCCCAGCAGCAAGGUCUCCAAGACAAAGGUUACGAAGAGUGGGCGGGCGAGAUGAUCGGUAUGCGAGAGAUCCUCCGAAAAUUCGCUAACAUCUCACGCUCAGAGAUCGUUGGAGCGCGCGCCCCAUUCCUGAAGCCUGGCAGAAAUACGCAAUUUAAGGUCUUAGAAGACUUCGGGUACAUUUACGACAGCUCAGUGGGCGUGCCCCCUAUACCGAUCCCGGUCUGGCCUUACACGCUCGACUACAAGAUCGCGCACGAAUGCAAGUCCGGCACAUGCCCUACGAAGUCAUUCCCAGGUUUGUGGGAGGUGCCUUUUAACGCUCAUUACGUCGAAACCUAUGAAGGUGGACACUGCCCCUACUUAGACCAAUGUGUACUGCACAAUCACGACUCUGAUGAGGUUCUAGAAUGGCUACAAGAAGAUUUCAGUAGAUACUACGACCAAAACAGAGCGCCGUACAUGAUGCCUUUCCACACGAACUGGUUUCAGAUUAAGGAGCUCGAACAAGGCCUGCAUAAAUUCCUUCAGUGGGCAUCUAAGUUGGACGACGUCUGGUUCGUGACCGUAACACAAGCUCUCACGUGGAUAACAGACCCACGCCCAGCAAAGAAUCUUAAAACCUACGACGCGUGGAAAUGCGACAAGAAGGACCUGCCCCCGAAACCUUGCAACCUGUCCAACAAGUGCGCGCUGCCCUUCAAGACUUCAGACUCGAACUUCACCGACACUCGCUACAUGGAGACUUGCGCUGAAUGCCCUAACCAGUAUCCAUGGUUAGGAGACUCAGGCGGAACAGGCAUUCCUGGAAAAGACAACUAUAUUCCCGAGAACCUCAGAAAGUAAUAGGAACUUAGUUUUUAAUGCUUGUCGCACAUUACAACCAAGGUAGGACGUACGCGGCGAAUUUUUCGUAUUGAAUUCGAUAUUUGCCAAAGAAAUCCACAUGACGUAAUCAGUAGGGUUAGUAUAAGAUUUUAUAUCUCAGCAACGUUGAUAAAACUUGAGUGUCGAUACACAACAAGAUCAGAGUAAAAUAGACUUAAAUUACCUUGAUUUAAAGUCAGAAAUUUAGUGCCAUCGAUUUUGAUUUUGCAAUGAUUCCAAUUGGAGCGAUAUGUGUAGAUAUGUGGAUAAACUUGAGCUUUAAAACAAGAUAGUUAAGAUUCAUUUUACUUUAACGCUAAAGUGUUUCGACAUUCGAAUUCUAUCAAGGUUGGUGAGAUGUACGAUGUUGUACUAACCCUAUAGUACGCAUUUUCAUCACUG